CCGAAAAAGAAAAUCUCAUAUUUGAUACGCAUCUCUUGUGGAGAUAUGAGGAAAAAGCUUUUUUGAUGAUAACUUUAGUGUGAUGUUGAAUGUGCAAAAGAAAUAUGUAUUUUUUAAAAUGGUUGGCAUCAUUCCUCAUCAUUAUAUCAUUCAAACCAGUAAAGAAUAGUGACUUUAUAUCACUGAUAAGUAUCGAAAAUGAUAAUUUCUGCAUAACGAACAGUUCUUCUGCAAUGAUUUACAAAAGAAAUAAUAAUCUUCAAGAAAGAGAGACUACCUUCCUUCCUAUAAUUGGAUAUUUUUGUAAUUUUGAAAAUAGCGAAAAUGGAAAUUGCAUUAAUUCUUUCAAAGUGCAUCCUUGGAAUUUGGUAAAUUAUUUGAACUAUGAAAGCACAUUUCUCUUGGACCUUCGCUGGGAACGUUUGCCAGUACAAAAACUUCCUUUCAAAGACGAUAAUAAUUUAUCAUUUCUCACUCUAGUAAAGUUGGGAGGAUUGAGGGAUUUCAAGGUGCCGAUUUCUUUAAAAGGCGAAGAAAUCCAUCUACUUUUGUGUGAUAAAGAAAAAGUUGAGGAAGCAAAUUGCUAUUGGUUCAUACUCCAAGGCUGGUCCCGAAGGUAUACAGCAAUGAGAAAAUGUAAAGUUGGCGGGAUCCUCCCAUGGAAUCUUUAUCCUAAACGUGAUGAUUGUGUCAAGAGGAAGGUGGAAAAAGUGCAUUCGAAGAAAUUCCCUCUUUAUUCAAGUAAGGAGAAAUGGAGUCAUAUAAUGAUAGAGAAAAAAGCAAAUACAAUAUCUUUAAAACUUUACAAUGAAAGGAAAGAAGAGGACAUCAUCGACUAUACCGAGAAAGAUGCGAAAAUGUUUGAAUUGAAUUAUAUUUUAGGACAUAGAAAGGAUGAGGAAGUACUUUGCAAAGUACAUGAGAAUAAUUACAUGCGAAGCACUACGGUUUCUGAAUUCACUCUGAACCGUGCAUUCUUCACUGGAAGUGAAUCUUGUAUUUCUUUUAUCUUGAAUACAUGUUCAUACUGUUCAACUACAGUAAUAUUUCUGAAUGAAGGAAAAACAGAAGUGAUUUUGGAGAAGAAUUUUCCACCGACUAAUGGCAUUUGGGAACACCACAAAUCGGUUACGAAUAUUUCCAGCAGUAUUUUUUUUUGGGUUAAAUUGAAAACUAUGUUAACUGAAGGUUCAUCUUCAACAGGAUCUGAAUUCUGGUCAUUCGAUGAUUUCCGAGUAUGCCAUAAUGAAGAAUACAGAAUAACACAAAAAGGAAGUUCGGAUGAUAUUUCCGAAUGUCAAUUGCUCGAAGAUAAUAAGAAAGUGGAAAAGGGCGAAACUAUCGAUUCUGUAACAGAUGACAUAAUAUGUUCAUCUCCUGAUGCCAUAGGAAGUUCAUGUAUUUCAUGCGAUCUAUUCCAAGAACGAAUCAACAACAAAAAAUGUGAAAAGUUGCAAAUAUGCGAAGAAAAAAAUGGCAACACUCAAUGUUUUUGCUCUUCGGGAUAUAUGGGAUCACAAUGUAAUAAAGUGUGCCCAAAAGGACCGUAUGGAUACUUUUGUCAAAAACAAUGCGCAUUUUGCGAUCCAGUGGGUCAAUGUGAUGCGAUAAAUGGCAAAUGUGAUUGCCAUAAUUUAUUUGAAGGUCCAACAUGUCAAGUUCCUAAGAAAGGUCAAUAUUUGGAAAUUGCACCAAAAGUGGUAGAUCGAAAAGCAGACUCCUGUGAGAUACAAUGGGAUAGUGAAAAUUACAUCGGAAAAACCAAGCCAAAAUAUUAUCUGGUACAAUAUUCAAAUGCCCGUUCAUUAUGGUGGAAUGAUUAUGGAGAAGUAGAAAAUUUGGAGAAGAAUGGAAAUGUAGUAGUCGGAAAUUUCGAAUCAAACAAACAAUAUGCAAUCAGAGUUCUUUUGAGUGAUGAGAAAAGUGAAAUAAAGAAAUUACAUUACAUGAAUCUUCCUGCUGCAAUAUGUAUAACGACAUGCAAUGAUUGGAUUGAAGAUGAUAUAGUAAUCAAAACAACAUCAUUCCGAGUAGAAAUUCAUCUCAAUUUAACCCGAGAUAAAUGCCCAUUAUCAUCAUACCAAUAUUCCAUUGAAGAUCAAAAUAAGACUAUCUCAAAUGGAAGUGCACUUAUUGAUCUCUCUCGAGGAAACCUAUCUCCGUUCGAAAAUUACAGUGUUACAUUCAAAUCCAAAACCCAGACAAUAACAAAGGAGUUCAGAACUAAAGAAGGAGUUCCUAGUGAAGUGGAUGAUAUAAAAAUGAACGAAUCCACUCCAAAUUCCAUGAAAAUACAUUGGAAACAACCAGAUUUUCCGAAUGGUAAUAUUGUAGGAUACAAAGUAACAUAUAAGAAAGUUCGAGGAAUUGCCUGUAAAAAAAAUAUCCCGGAAAUUCUCCAAACAGAAUCAGAAAUGAAUACGACAAUCAACAACAUUGAACUGACCUCUUUGGAACCCUAUUCUGAGUAUCAAGUAAAAAUAUAUGCCUUCAAUGAGGUGAAAGUUGGCAAGGGAGCAGAAGUAUCCCUUCAAACUGAAGGAAUAGAUCAUUUCGACGAUUCGGAAGAUUUCAAACAAGUGAAGAUAACUGACGAAACAGUGGAAAAAUUAGCCAACUUCAAAUUCGAAAAGAUAAAAUGUCAGAUGCUUCUUGGAGCCUUAAAUUACAGAGUGAAAUUUCGAUGUAUAAGCGAAUGGUGUUUGAAAACUGAAGAGCGUAAUGAAACUUCAACAUUCUUGAUUGGAACCCUGGUAUUGGGAUCGUUGCAGGCCUAUUGUAAAUACAAAUCUGAAAUAUACUUUUGUAGAAACGAGGAAUGUAAAUUAAAAGAAGAAAGGAUGUUUGAGACGAAACCUUCAGUUCCAAAUAAACUGAAGGAGAUCAUUGUGAUAGCAACUGGAGAUGCUUUCAUUUGGGUACGUUGGCUCCCACCUUAUCCACCUACAGGAGAGAUUUUUAAUUAUAAAAUAACUUCUGUGUAUUCAAGUUCGUUCAAAACUUAUGAAGGAAUGAGCACUGUUUACCCUCAAAAUUGUGAAAUCUGGCCAGAGUAUCACUGUUCUAAAAUUAGCGGAACUGGAAUAUAUUAUGGCAUAAAAACAGCAUUAGAGAUUGAAGCCACAAAUAAGGAAAAAUUUAAAUAUGUCAAUAUUGGUAGGGUGAACGAUAUUUUAGUUCAAGAGACAGCUUCAGAACCCCCAUACAACGUGUUCGUCAAUUGGAAUAAUUUUACAUCAAUAGAAGUGUUCUGGAAUCAUCCCAAUAGGACAAAUGGAAUUCUACAAUAUUUCCAGAUAUUAAUUACUUCUAAUGAUGGAAGUUUCAAGGAAAAUUAUACACCACAUAAAUGGAAACUUACUUAUAGUUUUAAGAUUGCAAAAGUUCCCGCUGCUGAGGAUUUUACAAUAAAAAUUGUUGCAGUCAACAAUAUGUACGAAGGUUAUCCGGCAGUAUUGAAAGACAGUUCUUACCCACCAAGUCCAGAAUUGGAUAAUUCUACAAUUUUUGUAACGAAUUAUACAAAGACAACAGUGAGCAUAGCAUUGUAUACAAGCCAAACUGAAGUCAGUUAUUCAAGUAAUGUUGAGAAAUAUGUGUUAAUUAUUAUCGAUGACCAAGCUUCAGAAACAACAGAUCCAAAUCUAGUAAAACUUGAACAAAUAGUGAAUACAACGUUAGAAUCAAAAUCUCGUCUUAGAAUUGUGGCAGCCUUAGAUGUAAAAAAAAAUUCAUCGAAUAUUCUGAAUUUUACAAUUGGAAAUGGGAAUGAGAUAAAAAAUAAUUCAAUUCUGAAUGUUGACAUCGUCAACAAACCUUUGAAAGAAGCAGAAUAUUAUAAUGUUUUUAUUGUUAUGUUGAAUAAAUAUAGGACGAAAUAUCGACAUUCAAUAUACAAUAUUACAACUUUGACCCUAGGGGACCCAACAAUCACUCCUCCUCCCACUAAUUCUGGAAAAACAAUUGAAGAAGACGAUUCAUCUGGAGGAAAUGCCUUGUAUGCCUUGUUCUUGCUUUUACUACUAAUACCAAUAAUUGUGGGAAUCAUAAUUAAGAGGAAGAUAAAGACGAUCAUAAGACAUAGGAGCCUGCAACCUGAAAUUAUAGAUACAUCUCAUGAAAAUCCAACCUCCACUGAAGAUAGAUAUUAUGAAAACAUUCCUCUGGAUCCGAAUGUAAACCAACGAUUAUCAACCGAGAAAACAAAUGAAAACAAAUAUGAUUAUAUCGCAAUGGAUAAUAUGGCAGACAUUGCUGGAGGAAGAAGCUUGGACUCCAAAGAGGAAAAUUUGUAUGAAGAACCCGUGGAACCACCAAUGGGAAUCGCGAAGAAACCUGUUAUGAAUUUGCCGCUAAAAUUGUCGACCGAGAAAACAAAUGAAGACAAAUAUGAUUAUAUCGCAGUGGAUAAUAUGGCAGACAUUGGUGGAGGAAAAAGCUUGGACUCCAAAGAGGAAAAUUUGUAUGAAGAACCCGUGAAACCACCAAUGGGAAUCGCGAAGAAACCUGUUAUGAAUUUGCCGCUAAAAUUGUCGCAGGACCAUGGAUUCUCUCUGGGUCAUCAUCAAACUGAUGCUGAUUGAAAAAAUUGAACAAUUUUGGAUCAACACUGUUCAAUGUAGUGGGAACCAGACCAGAAAUAGUCAACUAGGAAUGAAGAGAAUUAUUGUUAUAUAUCAUAGUUUUAUUAAUCAAAUUUGCCUACUGCUUUUUAUGAAAUAUUCACAUGGCUUACUUUCAAAAUGAAAUUAUGUUCAAAAUUGUUUUUCAAUUUGAAGAAUUAAUAUUUCUGAUUACAAUUUAUGAAAAAUAUAGAUUUAACAAUUAA